GGUUGUAGACCCGAACUGAGAAGAUGGGGAAAGACCGAAGCAAAGCUCCGGAAGACGAAAACGGAGCACCGGUUAACAAAGGCCGCGACUAUACGUCCGAAUCCGGACCGGAGUCUAGGUCCGAGUCCGAUGAAGGGUCCAAAAAGUCCGAAAGAAGCAGACAUAGCAAGAGAGACCGAAGCAACAGGAAGAGAAGCCGAAGCUCAAGUAGAAAAGCGGGAGAUGAUGAAGACGAUAGUUACACGUCACCAUCUGAGUCGGAGUCUGACUCGGAUUCGUAUUCUGAUACGGAGUCGGGAAGCUCCGAGGACUAUUCGGAGUCGGAGGACGAGAGGAGGCGAAGGAAAAGGAGAGAGAGGAAGAAGAGGGAGGAGAAGGAGCGGAGGCGGAGGAAGGAGAAGGAGAAGAAGAGGAGAAGAAAAGAGAGAAGAGAAAGAAGAGAAAAGAAGAAGAAAGAAGAAAGAGGAGAAGAGAAGAAGAAGAAGAAGAGCGAUAAAGGCAAAACAGGAGCCGUCACAAAUUUAUGGGGCAAAUAUGGGAUUAUCAGAGAAACUGAUAUGUGGUAGGCUCAUUCAACUUCCAUUUCUCUAUUUUGUGUUAUUAUUGCUGAAGAAUUAGGGUUAGCAUUUAUCGCGUAAAUGUUGGAGCUUAAUG